AUGGCAACUGGAGACACGGCGCCCGCGCCGCUCACCAUUCCUCCCCCGCCAAUCGAACCACUCUCCGACGACGACGGGUCAAGUCCUUUGAGCGACGUCGAAGACAAGGAUGCCGAUCCAGAUGACUUGCAUGAUCUGAACGACACGACUCCUAACAAUCGCGACGAAGACGUAAGCUCACCUGACGAUCUUUCCGACGCGAAUGACACCGAAGCUGAGACCGAACGCCUCUACGACACGCCCCGAAUACCCACCCGACACAAGGACAUUGUCCUAAAGAAGUCAGGCGACGGUCAGAGCUACGAGCGUACUCCAAGCAAACUACGAAGAAACCACACACGAUUAGGGCAGGGUAAGGACGAUGACGACGGGCCUCUCUUUGAAGAAGAGGAUUCAAUAGCUUCGAGUCCGCCGGCGCAAGAGACAAAGACAUCACAGAAGCGCCAAUCUCCAAUCUUAGACAUUUUAGCCGAAGCUACAAGUCAAGAAGUGGAAAGCAGGAAGCGAAAACGAUCAUCCAUGCCCGCUGAAAAUUCUGAAGUCCCUCAACUGCUACGAAAGCGUACCGGAUCGGUCCCCGCGCCUAGUCGACAAGACAUAGAUGGCGACACACAGAUGGCAGAUGAAGAAGACCCCUCCUUACAUACCAAUAGUGGUGAGCCGUCGGCCGAUGAAGCUAUCAAUGUCGUGCCCGGCGAAGAUGACGGCGAUGAUCAUGCCCAAGGAAUCCAAUCGGACCAAGAGGUUAUACCUAAGAAGCAGACGCGUAGUGGCUCGAAGAAACUCAAGGCUGCUGAACAACCCGCCGAAGCUGAUAGGCCUUCAGAAGAAGCUACGAGUGCUCCGGCGCCCGAUGAGGACGGUGCCCAUACAGGUGAAGAAGAGCAUGUUGAAGCUGACGUAGACGAAGAGGCAGAGGCAGCUCAUAGAAAUGAAGAAGAACUCGAGCGAAAAAAGGCCGCUUUCGAGCAGUUGGCAGCAAUCGAGAAACGAUUUUCAACGUUUAGAGACAGACUUUACGAGGAACGACUCGAGCAGUUAAACCGAGAAGAAGCGAUGUUACGAUCCGACACCCCAACACAUCCCGAAUACCUUGCUAUGAUGCAAUGCAUAGACGCCCGAAGAGACGAAAGAGUUCGUGUUGCAAACCGAGAACUGGAACUUAAUGUGGAAGCUUUGGACAGAUGGGCUGUUGCUAGACGCUCCCAAAUUCAUUCCCAAUACUUCCAAUCUGUUAGAGAAUCGAGAGAGACAAUCCUAGCAGAACUCGGCCAACAGUGGUACGAUAUACAGCACGAACGCCGCAAGCAAGCCAACAAUGUUCCCGAAUUUGGUCUCCGAUUCCCCCAAGACCCAACGCAGAGGAUUAGAAAUGCACUGGCGUAUAAUAAAGAGGUUUCUAUACUGUCGGGGAUAGCCAAGUACGAGGGAAUGCCUGCUGCUCCAGAGAUGAAAGGAGCAUCUAUUCAAGAAUUAGAAGAUGACUUCGAAGCCAUGAAUGCAAGUUAUUCCCGAAAUCGACAGCCAGCGCCUCGUCAUCAAGUCCAUCGGCCUAAUUAUGUGGAUUAUGGAGGACUACCAUUUGGUCAAAGUCUCGGCCCUGCAGGAGAGCAGUUCAUUGAGCAGACACCGUGGGCAAAUCCCAAUCACCCAUCGAAUGCUCAUCUUCUUCAACGGCAGCAUUCUGCCCAACAUGAAGCUCAUAUACAUGCCAGUGUAACAAGCGCACCAUCUGGAGCUAAGCGAAACUCGCAUCAAUCGCAUCCAUUCUCGAAUGGAUCGACAUCCCAGCCCAACGGCCCCCAAAAAGCCCAGAAAAACGCACAAAGACAGCCUUCUACGUCACCCGAAGUUACGAGGGCCGCUACCGUAUUAGAGCAAACUAAGGCACGCAGUAUGAAGGCAGCAGCAGAAACGGCAGCGAGAAACGAGAUUAGCCAGCCAGUCGGCAGCUUAUAA